AUGGCAGGGGUAGGUGUUGAUGCCACAUUAGACACCCAGCUGAGUGGCGCACGUAGGCAACACGAUAAGGUUCUGGUGGGGUUUGUAGGCACAGGAUAUGUCGUUCUUGUAGUCCUGCUCAUCAACUACCUUAUUGCCUACGACCCUAUGCCUCAACAUGUCUACAUUGGAUGGUCACGCUACUUUAUUGAGCCAAUCCUCAAGCCGAAUCCGAUCGAUGUCAAGUUCCUUGGCUGGGCUCGCGGUAUAAUCCGUCGAGUUAUACGUUUGGCCCCCAAUUCCUGGUCAGCGUACACCAUCAACGCCGACUUUUCUACCGCCCUGCGCAAGAGCAUUCUCAAUCUCUGCGAUGUCCAAAUGGUCACCGGGUUAGCUAUCUUGAUCAGCGGAUUCAUGGUCAUGGAUUGCGGUCUCUCAUCGUACCACUGGCAGAUCAUGGUAUACCUCGCCUGGUUUUCGACCGUGGCCCAUAUGUCCAGCCUUACAUCCGUCCGAGAUUACCUCUCGACGCGACCAUGGCAGAGGAACAUCCGCUUUCUCAUGACGCUGAUUCUUCUCGCAAUGCUGAUCACCGCAAUUGUCCCAACGGCAUACUUCCAAUGGUCAUCAAUAGGUCUCACAAGCGACGACCGCAAGGGGACUCUAACUAGGACCGAACUGCAGGCCCUGCCAGCUGCCUGCUUUCUUCGACCUACAACAGCUACCCUCAUUUGGGACUCCCAAUAUUGCCCAGCUGACGGGUCUUCCUCUCACAGAUACCCGUGGCCCUGCACGUUUCAGUCUAGUUUCCUUGGAGACAACGGCCCAUAUCAGAGCGCAGUCUUCUCCAUCACCCUCCUCGUCUUCACAUUUCUCACACGAAGCAUCAAGCUUUUCAACCCUCUUUCUGCGCUUGCCAGCCGAUUCCUGACGCGCCCAGUCAGCCGGCUGCUCCACCGGAUUCUCCUCUGGCUGUCCCGUUCCCAGCGCCGCGACCCGGACUUGUCUCAGGUGGCGUGGCGACCCCCCCUCCGCCAAAAGCUGCUCUUCCGUCUCGUAACCCGUCCAGUCCUCGCCCUCCUCCUCACGCUGCGUCUCCAGGUCGACCUUUUCUCAUCGAUGCUCUCCGAGCUCUUCUGGCUCAUGUGCAUCCUCGCCUGGGGCACCGUCAAACUGCUCUCCUCACGCAACACCCUUGACACCGAGAUCCUCGAGGAGGAGACGCAAUGGACCUACGGCCAGAUCCUGCCCGUCCUGCUCCUCGUGAUGCCCGUGCUGGGGGUGGUGGGGACGCUCUCAGUCGAGACCAAGCCCAAGGUCACCGCCGCGAUGGCCCCACCCCAACCACCGGCCGCCACCCGGGAUAGCAGCAGCUCGGGCCCGGGGGUGCGGCUUCUUCUGAGAAGGCAGUUGUCGGCAGACAGCCUGGAGAUGACGGAUAUGACGGGUGGCCGUGUCUCUGUCUCGGCGGCUGAGGGUAUUGCUGGCUCCGGCCAGAAUGCGCCUCCUGUUCUGAAACGGCUGCUGUCUAGAGACAGCUUGGACAUGACGGAUGGCCAGGACGACUCGGUUGCUGGGGGGACACCCGAUUGGUUAGUCCGGAAUUACUACGACUCGUUCUGGGUGAACUACUGCAUUGGUGGUGAAUGCGCGGUGAUCUUUGCCUAUGGGAUCAUUCUGUUUUCUGUGGUCUUCAAUUUUGGGCAUGGCAUGGGUCUUGCCUCGCAGUUUAACCUGCUGCAGUUCUGGGUCUCGGAGUUUGCCGGGGUGUAUUCCCUGGUUACGGUGCCGCUGGCGUGUUUUGCAACUUUCCUUGUCGGCUUGGGGAUGGAGAAGUGGUUGCAGGCGCCGGGUAGUAGGGCGGGGAAGCAUACCGUGAUGUUGCUACUUGCAGCGGCCAUCCACACGGGUUACGUCUUUAUGGUGCUUCUUGGCCCCUUUUUGCCGUGGGGUCUGAGCGGUUCUGAUGCUCACGUCAUCAGAGUUGUGGCAAUCAUAUCGAUGGCGGUUGGGCUUUACUGUUUAUAUGCUCUGGUUGUUGUCGUGGGGAGUUUUGCACGUAGAUAG